GUCCUCCACUGGUUUGACCGCGUCGCCGGCAAAGCCUGCUGGCAGUGUCUCGGAGGGCUGGGGCCAAAGGCUUUGGUUCCUGGGCCUCUUGGGCGCCAGCGGGUUCCGUGCGCGCGACGGCCAGAGAACGAUUGCGCGGGGUCGCAACUUCUACAAGAACAUCCUGGGCAAGAAGGGGCCUGCGGAGCGGAAGCAGGCCAAGGUCACGGCGAAGCACUUGAGGACUGUGAUGAUAGCGGUGCGCGAGGGAGGAGGGCCCGACUCCACGGUCAACCGCAUGCUGAGAAAUGCCAUCAAGGCCAGCCGCCGGCUGCUAGCCUUCCGAAGGUGGGGAGUGGAGGAGACCAUUUCUCAUCUCAAAGGCACCAAACGCGCCAGGGACACCAUCGACCGCCGCAUCAAGGCGAUGAGUGAGUCGCCGGGCGCCGAGUGGCAGACCACAGGAGAAGUGUAUCUGGAGGUACUGUGCUAA